CGCAACUGUUUCACAACAAUAAACCAAAGGAGGAAGAAGCCUAGCGGCAGUUUCCGCUUGAACUCAGCAGUGUGUGUGGUUUUACCUGAGAUUAUUAAUCAUGGACAUACGACCGAAUCACACCAUCUAUAUCAACAAUGUUAACGAUAAGAUCAAGAAAGAAGAGUUGAAGAGAUCCCUGUACGCCUUAUUCUCCCAGUUCGGCCAGAUUCUGGACAUUGUUGCGCUAAAGACCACAAAGAUGAGGGGUCAGGCUUUUGUUAUCUUCAAAGAGCUUGCUGCAGCCACCAAUGCCCUCAGACAGCUUCAGGGAUUCCCUUUCUACAAUAAACCCAUGCGAAUCCAGUAUGCAAAAACAGACUCAGAUCUGAUCUCUAAGACGAGAGGCACGUAUGGAGAUAAAGAAAAGAAGAAAGAGAAGAAAAAGAAAGCUCAGGAACAGGCUGCCAAUUUCAACACGAAACCAGCGGGAGCUGUAAACACACAACCUCCUCCACCUGCCACAUGA